AUGACCAUUCCCGGGAGAGAUGACUCUGAAGACAUUUUGGAAGAGAGGAGGAACUCUAGCAACUUGAAAUAUGCAUUCGGAUGCUAUUCACCGGUUCUUUACAAGGGACGUACUCCCUGCAACGCAAACAUGCUCAAGAAUAUCGUCUAUUCUGAUCAGCUACGCUAUUUGAUUAAUCAGGUGUCACAAGAGUCUGGCGAAGCCUCUGACAUCAGCCAGGACGAGUCCUGUGUCAUUCUGGAGGAGAUGGCUUACCGGCUCCAGAUCAGCACCGUCCACUUCUUUGCCUUCACCCUCAGCAAGGACUUCAAAACGCUCUUGCAACAUGUCUGUAUUAACAUUUCAUUCAUAUCCACACAUUCUUCAAUUCUUCAGCUCCAACAAGCCAUCCAGGAGCAUCCUGUGGUGCUGCUCCCCAGUCACUGUAGUUACAUGGACUUCCCGUUGAUGUCCUACAUUCUGUACACCUAUGACCUUGCCCUGCCUGUCAUCAUAGGCGCGGGAAGUAUGGGUGCUGAGGGUGCUGCAGCACCCCUUGAAAAAUCAGAAUAG